AUGAUGGUUGACCUACCGGAAUUUCAAGCUACGUCGCUGGAGGAGAUUCCUUCGCGCGUCGCCACGGCCCGCAAGGCCUUUGAUGAGCACAAGACUCGCGACCUGGAGUUCCGCCUCGUCCAGCUGCGCAAGUUGUACUGGGCUGUCAAAGACAAUGAAGAGGCAAUUAUGGAGGCCUGCGCCCAGGACCUGCACAAGCCUCCGUUCGAGACCAAUAUCGGAGAGAGCGGAUGGAUCCUCAACGACAUCGUCUUCACGACACGCAACCUGCGCAAAUGGGCCAAGGAUGAAAAGGCCUCCGAUAUCGAUCUCACAUUCAAGUUCAUGAGCCCCAAGAUCAGAAAGGAUCCUCUGGGUACUGUGCUGGUCAUUGGGUACGUCUCCCCCUUUGCCCCCUCGCUUGCGAUGCGCCUGAAGAAUAUUCCGACUAACAGGCUCUUUCUUUUUUUCAACUCUAGUGCCUUCAACUUCCCCUUCCAAUUGACCCUCGGCCCCGCCAUUGGUGCCAUCGCUGCCGGAAACACUGUCGUGAUCAAGCCUAGCGAAAAUGCUCCCCGCAGCGCCGCUGUCAUGCAAAAGAUCAUCGAGUCGAGUCUCGACCCUUCAUGCUACAAAAUCAUCCAGGGCGGUAUCCCUGAGACACAGGCAUUGUUAGCCGAACGGUGGGACAAGAUCUUCUUCACGGGCGGCGCCAACGUCGGACGCAUCAUCGCCAAGGCCGCUGCACAACAUUUGACCCCCGUUGUGCUCGAGCUGGGCGGUAUCAACCCAGCCAUCGUGUCCAAGAGCGCGAACCCGCGUCUCGUCGCCCGCCGCAUGCUCUGGGGUAAGCUCCUGAACGCUGGCCAGCUCUGUACCUCGCAGAACUACCUGCUGGUCGACAAGUCGCUUGUCCCAGAGGUCGUACAGGAAUUCAAGAAUGCAUACAAGGAAUUCUAUCCCCAGGGUGCUAAGGGCUCGCCCGAUUACUCACGCAUCGUCAACGAGGCUUCCUUCGCCCGUCUUAAGUCCAUGCUUGAUAAUACUAAGGGCAAGAUCCUUAUGGGUGGCACUAUGGACGAGAAAGAGCUGUUCAUCGAGCCAACCGUUGUCCAGGUCGACUCGGUCGAUGACUCCCUGUGUUCGCAGGAGAGCUUCGGUCCUUUCAUCCCCAUCUUGCCUGUAGAUAACCUCGACGAGGCUAUCCGCCUAGCCAAUGGUGUUCAAAGCACACCGUUGGGUCUCUACCCCUUCGGUAACAAGGCCGAUGUCGAGAAGAUUGUCUCUUCCACUCGCUCCGGCGGCGUUUCCUGCAACGACGCCGCGCUGCACAUCCCCACCCUGCCCUUCGGCGGUGUUGGCGAGAGUGGCUACGGUUCUUACCGCGGCCGCUCUAGCUUUGACGUCUGGGUGCACCGUCGUCCCAUCACCUCCAGCCCAAGCUGGCUGGAGUCCAUCCUGGCUAUCCGGUACCCACCGUACGCAGGCAAGAUUAGCAUGUUCAAUGCUGCUAGCGCCCUGCACCCCGACUUCGACCGCAACGGUAACAAGCUGACUCUCGGCUGGCUGCGCUGCAUCCUUACUCUGGGUGGAGGCAGUGCGAAGGCUGGAGCUGGCCGAGCUACUGUUAUUGCUGCCAUCGCCUACAUCGUCCUGCAGGUCCUCGAACGCCGAUCGAAAUUGUGA